AUGGAGGGUGCACCUGGUUUUAGGAAGUACGUCGAAGAAGGCGGUAAUGACCCCAGAGUCAUUGCAGGUAUGGUGCGGAUAAUGAAAAACGCCCAAGAAGUGAGUGAGAAGUCUCAACGCGAAGCCGAGGCAGCCAAGAGUGACUACGAGACUCGCAUGAUAGAUCUGGGACCCAACGUACGAGAGUUGGUUCAGAAGAUUGAGCAGGUUCACGGUGACAUUAGCCCGCUCAAACAGGAGACGGUUAGAGUCGUGGAGAAAGCGACCGAUACAAUGUCAAACAAGAUUGACAGUCAAGGAAGCCGCACCGUGACCGAAAUCAAGACCAUGCUGGAUUCUCAAGCCAGCAAGUUCCAGGCCACUGUAACCAAGCAGGAGAUGCAGGAUUUCGGUACACAGGCUGAAAGAUCCCUCGGUCAGAUUGAGACGGCCUUGAACAAGCAGUCUUCUUUGACCACCGAGGUUCAAAGUCAUGUCAAAGCCAUGGCUGUCAACAUCGAGUCAUUGGGAGACAAUGCGAACAAGAGCAGAAUAGAGUCUGAAGGAACCUGGAAAAGACUCUUUGAUGGCCUUGGCGAAGCCUUCUCCAAGAUCGCAACAGGAGAGGAUGUGAAGGUGGCUAAGUCUGCUGUUACUACGGCAGUCGAAAGCCUCGAAAAGUCCAUCUCCAAGCUGGCAACAGGAGAGGAUAUUCGGGGGAUUGAAUCUUCGAUUACUAGGCAAGUGGAACGCCUUCCCAAGGUUGACCUAGCUCAGAUUGGGAGGAUUGAAGCUUCCACCAGUACGAAGCUCGAUAUGCUUAUGGAGAAGCUUCAAGAGAAGCCGACGCGACAAGAGUACGGCGAUGUGCUCAAAGGCGCUAUCGAUCUCAGCCAAGAUAACCUUGUUCUCAAAUUUCAGUCAGCAUUAGCUACUGAAUUUCAAAAGGUUAAGGAAGAGACCGAGGGAACUCUUGAAACAUUGCUGUAUGAGCAGUCUCGAGAAGUCCAACAGGGACUCGAGAAUCUUGGAGCUACGGCGAGAUCGGCUGCGAGGGCCCUUUUCGACCGUACAGAGUUGAUUAGGGAGGAUAGUGAACAGGCAAUGGCCUCUCUACGGGCAGAGUAUGAGGCAAAGCUCAAGGGCAAGGACGCUGAGAUCGAACUACUGAAGGGAUCAGUGGAAGAUCUACACAAGGUCUGCGCCGAUAGUAAGGCAACCAUUGAGAGAUUGGAAACAGUCAACUCAAUGAAUUCCACAGAGCUCAAGAAGAUGGCAGUAUCUUGUGACAAGUUCCGCAAGCAGAUUCGAGAAGACCAUGAUUAUUAUGGGCGAUUGAAUAACGAACUGGAGAACCGGGCGGCUAUCAUCAACGCAAAGGGCAAGCUGCUUGAGCAAAGCCAGAGGGAAACCAGUGAAGAGGUGAUGAAAAACACCGAGUUGGCGACCCAGGCUGAGCUUUCCAAUAAGCAGUGCGAAGGGCUUCAGGCGGAUGUCAACAGACUGACUCAGUCCCAAUCGCACCUCCUUGGUCGUAUUGAUACCCUCCAACGGUUCUGUGCUGGCACAGGCGGCUCAGAGGCAAAUGACGUCUCAGGUUUCUUCUUUGAGCUAGGAGCACAGCUUAGAGGCCUGAAGAUGGAUGACAUUGCCAAGGUUGAGGGCAGGGAGUUCUUAGCGCUUGUUGCUAGUAAGCUUCUUCGAGUCACUUGCUGCCAACGUCUGCAAUACUUUGUGGAUAGAGUACAAGAUAACAAGCCGCGCUGUUUCUCAGAGGUCUGCUUCAAUGGAAGGGCUGAGCCUCUUGAGGGACGGGAAUGUGAGAAGCAUGGUGCUGAAUGUCUGAAGAUGCUCGUGAGAAUAGAUAGUACUACAGGCGAGAAAAUAGUACACUUUCCUCUCUAA